AUGGCAGACACCAGUGAAAAUGCUCCUCUGAACGAAUCUACCCUUGACAAAGUUGGCGGUGAAGCUUUGCAAUCACCCAAUCCGCCACGACAAUUCACAGUCUAUGAUGUGGUGGCUGGAAGAGCGGGCUUGAAUGGAUUUUUGACCCACGACCAGAGGCGGUCCGAACAUGUUUUACCCCUUGCACCAGAGGAAGUCCUCCUGCGCAGGUCGACCAUCCCGGAGCAUGUGAUCCACGAGUCGUAUGACGCUGCAGGCGAGCUUUCUAGCCACGAAAAGCUACCCGAGUCUGAAAUGCUCAAAGCCGUGCAUGCGUACGCCUCGGAUUUCUACAGUUGCGCCGUACAAGGACAAGGGACAUUUGACUUUCGAACUUUCGACGAGACGGCCCUGGUUGCCUUUGGAAUUCUACUCGAGGAAGCCGUCCAGGAGACCCUAGGACAGGAUGGGGAUAUGGUGUUCGUGGAGCCCGACGGACUAGAGCACGGACUCGACGAAACAAAACUGAUCAAACAUCAAGUCAAGGGUCGAGUUAAGCCAGCCAAAGCACCCAGAAUAGACUCCCCAGAUGACAGUCUGGUUGAGGAAGAGUCACCAGCCAAAAAGCCGCGCCAUUGA